UCUCAGAAAGGGGGAAAACAUCAACAAUAUUCGCUAUUUCUGCUGAACGUUGGGGAAUACAUAUAGACUGUUCUCUUCAAGCUGCAUUCUAUGAAAACCAUUUGUAUAGAGAGCUUUCAGAAAUUAGAGUGAAUAAGCCAUCUAUUAAUAAUAUUCCACUCCAGAACAAAGCAUUUUACAAGCUAGAUAUAGCGCUUCUUUCAUAUGAAGCGCAAGUUCUUUGUCGACCUGAAUAUGGAGGAUAUUUUGGAAGUACCACUAGUGGAAUUUUAUUGAAUCUUUUGCAGGCCUAUACUACUCAUAUACUUACUGGUUUUCCAGUUACACACACUAUUUCUGGCACUAAUAUGCAUAUGUCAAGCGGAGUUUCGCUAGUUACUAGUGUUAGAAAAUAUA